AAGUUUAUAUCUCGCUCUCCCUUUUGAUUUAAAUAAAAUUUCUCUCUCUCUCUCUCUCUCUCUCUGUAUCUCAGCUUCUGUGUCUCCGGCUAGACCUGUCGCCGGAAUUCUUCUCCUGAGAUUCUCCGACAAUCGUUGUUCAAGUCAGUUUCAAAAUUUUUAAUGGGUGAAGAAGCAAACAGAGAUUGGGUUUCUAAAGCCAGAAACUUUUUCCAAAAAUCCACACUUCAAACCUCCAAAUCUUCAGAUUCAGUUCAAUUGGACCUCAAUUUAGGACUCUCUUUGGGUGGUUGUUACACCCAAGAAAUCCCCAAAGAAAACCCACUAAUUCGAUCAGCUUCACUGAACCAUGACUUGAAUGCUCUGUUUGAGAAUGAGGGUAGAGGGUUUCUCUCCCUCUCGAGAUCGGCAUCGAUGCCGACGGAGGCAGAGCAAGAGGUGAGGAAGUUGAAGGAGUUUCAGGCCAUGAAGAGAAUGGCUGCCAAGAAGAGACUGGUGGAGAAGCACCGCCAUAGCAGGGGAGGUGGUUCUGAGGAAGAGAAAGCUCCAGCGGAGGCUCAAUUCUCCAAUUGGGCCGUUGAAUCGGCUUCGAAUAAUACCGCGUUGUGUCGAGCCAUUGAGAAACUCAAAUCCAAUGCCAAUACCAGUCCAUCUCCCAAACUAACAAUUCAAGGUCUUGAAAAUUCAGCUGCUGACAAAGUUCCUACCCUUUCUCACCCUCCAGUCGCCUCCAGAACGAUGGAAAAUGGAAAAUCAGCCUAUCGCUCCACACCGGCAGUCAUAUUUGAAAACAUGAUAAAUAAAAAACAAGUCAAUACCGCUAAUUCUCACCAGGAUUCUAUGGUCUCCUUCAGGACAAUAUCAAAUGGAAAACCAGUUGAACAUGCGAAAACCGAGCAUGAGAGACCAUCUAAGAAGGCUAAAGUUUCAUCCAAUGGCAUUCCAGACAUCACGAUGGCGGAAAUGAUGAGACUAAUGCCUAGCGUAACGACUACUGGUGACGGGCCCAAUGGGAAGAAAAUAGAAGGGUUUUUGUACCGGUACACGAAAGCAGAAGUGAGUAUAGUUUGUGUUUGUCAUGGCAACUUUCUCUCUCCGGCGGAGUUUGUGAAGCACGCCGGUGGGACUGAAGUGGUGAACCCCAUGAAGCAUAUUAAUGUCUUACCUGCUACAUUUUAGACUGUGUUUGAAUCAUAAAUUUAAAUAGUAAUUUGUGGAGGAAAAAGAAAAGAAAAAAAUAAAAAUAGAAAGUGACAAAAAUAUAAACAAAUUUUUUGUCUCUUUUUACUUUCUUUCCUCAAAUUCUUACUUAAAUUUAUGAUCCAAACAUAACCCUAAGUUUAAGCAGUAGUGGUGGCUUUUCACACCUUUGUAGAAUGUUGUUGUUAGGUAGGAAAUGAGGAAGCUAAGUCAUCUUUCUAUAAGUUUCUUGUUUGUUUGUUUUCUUGGCUGUAAAGAAACAGUUGUAAGUGUCGAUCCUUCACAAGCAAUUUUGUGAAGGUUUAUUUUUUCCCUUUUUCCUACCUAUUAGAAUAUAUUAAGGUAGAAAAGGAGAAACCUAGGGUUCUUUCUUCUUCUUUUCUAGGUUGCAAGGAAACUCUUGUCAAAAUGUGAAUCCUUCCCAUGCAAUCCCAUGCAAUUUUGUAAAGGUUUCUCUCUCCUCUCUCUCAUAUUUUUUUGUUGUAGCAAUGUAACAACCCCACCAUGCCUAUUAUUCUACACUUAAUUCAUGAUGGAGAUUUGAACUUUA